ACACACACACACACACACACACACACACACACACACACACACACACACUGAUAUGUUGGUCCCGUCUCUCGGUCCGUCCAGAUCAGGUCCGUCCUCAUGGCUCUCCGGAUCGCAGCUUCUCUCUGUUUCCUGCUGGGAGCAAACUGCUGGCACGACCUGGACAACACGGAAUAUGACUGCUGGCCGAUCAGUAACCCCAAUGAUUACAACAUGAUCAACUGUGGAGGGCUGGAGAUGGCCUGGGUGCAGCGGCCUCCAGACAAAGUCACCAACGGGGAAGAGUUCAACGUCUCGUACACGGUGACGGCCUCCGACUCCUUCUAUGAGUACGCAGUCAGGAACAGGAUCUUCCAGUUCAGCGACGCCUCAGAAGCGAAGAGAUUUUGUAACGAACACGAAUGUCCUUCACUGUGGAACAACGCCAACGAGAUGAACUGCUGUGUUUAUCACGCCAACAUCCACUCCUGUCCACUGGGACUAAUGAAACAAGGUGGGAUCUGUGGUCCGUGGAUUCCUGAUGACGGUAAAAUCGUGACUCACACGGUGUCCAAAGCCGGAAAGAUGAGUCAGAAGUACUGGACCUCAAAGGUUGUGUUGAUCCAUGUUGGCGUCACCUCAGUCAUUGCUCACAUUAAAAUCGGUCAGAUGCACGCAGCGCUGGAGUCCAAAGUGCUGGUUGUCAGUGCUCAAGUUUGUGGAGACGAAGUGUGCGAGCUGGAGGAAAACUGCCUGAACUGUCCUGCAGACUGCGGCAUCUGUCCGAUGUCCAUCGCCAUCAAGGUGGCCAUCGGUCUUCCGGUCGCACUGUUCAGCAGCGGCUUCAUCCUCACCAUGGUGUGGCUGCAGUACCAGAAACAGAAGAUGUUCUGGGAUGAAAGCUGGAUCAUCAACUACAAGAACAUAAUAUUUGGUCGAGUUUGUUACAUGGGCCUCGGCAGCGCCUCCAGUCUGCAGCGAGUCAAGAGCAGCUCCACCGUCAGCCGAACCACCGAUGUGACGGUUUUCACUGGAGUCAACACCACCUUCAAACAAGGCUGCAUUCAGCCGGGGAUAUACGACGGCCGGACGGUGGCAGUAAAACACAUCCAGAAGAAAAACUUCGCCCUGUCGAAAACCAUCAGGAAGGAAGUGAAAGAAGUUCGGCAGCUGGACCAUCCAAAUCUAUGCAAGUUCAUUGGUGGUUCCAUCGAGGUUCCCUAUGUGAGCAUCAUCACCGAGCACUGCCCCAAAGGAAGCCUGUCGGACGUCCUGCUGAACGAUGACAUCCCGAUCAACUGGGGCUUCAGGUUGUCCUUUGCCACCGACAUCGCCCGCGGGAUGCACUACCUUCACCAGCACAAGAUGUUUCAUGGGAGACUUCACUCCAGAAACUGUGUGGUUGAUGACCGCUGGGUGUGCAAAAUCUCAGAUUAUGGGCUCACAGCCUACAGGAAGGAGGACUUUGAAGCCAGCAGUAAUGGAUUCAACUGUGGGGAAGUGAACCUGAUUUAUUCUGCUCCAGAGGUGCUGCUGGGUAGCAGCUCCAACAUGAUGCCAGCGGCAGACAUCUAUAGCUACUCCAUGAUUCUAGUUGAGAUCGCGACUCGCUCUGAGCUCGUCUUGGACCAGGCUGAUGGGGUGAGGAUGGACAUCAUGUGGCGUCCUCCGCUGCCUGAACUCAAAGCUGGGAAGGCCGACACCGACUGCCCCAACCAGGGAGACUACUGUGAGCUCAUUAAGAAGUGCUGGUCUCACAACGUUACCAUGAGGCCCACGUUUGAGCAGGUGAAGAAGAUGCUCGAAAAGAUGAACCCACACAAAGUCAGCCCCGUGGACAUGAUGAUGAACCUGAUGGAGAAAUACAGCAAACAUCUGGAGGCCAUAGUGGCAGAAAGAACUCAGGACCUUCUUCAGGAGAAGCAGAAGACGGAUCGAUUGUUGUACAGUAUGUUACCGAAGCCGGUGGCCGAUGAUCUUCGUCAAGGACGAACAGCAGAAGCUCAGAGUUUCUCCAACGCCACUGUCUACUUCAGCGAUAUUGUGGGUUUCACAGAGCUGUCCGGUGCCAGCACCCCCCACCAGGUCGUGGACUUCCUCAACCAGCUCUACACCUCCUUCGAUGACAUCAUCGACAACUACGACGUCUACAAAGUGGAGACAAUCGGCGAUGCUUACAUGGUGGUCUCUGGGGUCCCUCAGGAAAACGGCAUCAACCACGCAGGAGAAAUCGCCAGCAUGGCCCUGGACCUUGUCAGCGUCUGCCACACCUUUAAAAUCCCCCACAAGCCCACCACCCAGCUGAAGAUCCGGGCUGGAAUCCACUCAGGUCCUGUUGUAGCCGGUGUGGUUGGAACCAAAAUGCCUCGGUACUGUUUGUUUGGAGACACCGUCAACACAGCGUCACGGAUGGAAUCAACAAGCGAAGCUCUGAAGAUCCAGGUGAGCGGCGCCACGGCCGACCUGCUGCACAGCCUCAGAGGUUAUAUUCUGACCUGCAGAGGAACGCUCAACGUCAAGGGCAAAGGCGACAUGACGACGUGGUGGCUGGAGGCGAAGAAAGACGAGCACACCGACCCGCUGCGAAGAACGUCUGAAUCCAGGACGGUUCCAGUUCCAGUCAGUGACUAGAACCAGAAUAAAAACGAGUCGGGAUCCUUGUUAUUUCUGGGGCUAAACGUUCAGAACGAACAGAUCAUUAAAUGUUCUUUCACUGGUUCCCUCGCUGGGACCAGAAGUGAUGUUUAGAAACAAAAUUAUAUGUUUAAAUCUGAUUAUUUGUCAGAAAAAAAGGACAGAAAUGCACAAGCUCCUAGGAGUUUUUAUUUUAUUUUUAUAGCUUUAUUUUUUAUUUUUGCUUUUUUUUUUAAUAAAUCAGGGGAUUCAAACUCAUCUUAGUUCCACAUUCAGCCCAGUUUGACCUCCAGUAAAAUCACAGCAGAGUAACCUCUAAAUAACCACAACAGCUAAUGGCUCCUUUGUUUUAGUGCAAAAAAGUUCACAUUUAAGGAAUUAUCUUUUUAUAAAAGAUUUCCACAUUAUGACUUCCAGAUCACAGAGUGUCUGCAAAGGAACACAACAUUUAGUCGUCUGGAACUGAAAGACGUGGUAUUUUACUUCAUGAUUAAAACGACAACCAAAGAAACAAAAUGACAAGAAAUGGACAAACAACACAAGCGAGACAAAAAGGAAACACAAAACAACAAAACAUGAGACAAGCAACAAAAGUCAGACAAAGAAAAUACAAAAACAACAAAAAUUAGACAAACGACAUGAAACUAAACAAAAAGAGACAAAAUUAGACAAAAAAGUUACAAAGCAACAAAAACAAGACCAAAAAAUGAAAAAAGCGAGAAACAAACAACAACAAAAAAACAGACAAAAAACACAAGCCAGACAAAAAGGAAACACAAAAUGACAAAAAGACAAAAACAAAACAAAACAACAAAAACCAAACAAAAUAUUCCAAAAAUGAAACACAAAAUGAGACAAAGGAACAAGGGACAAUCUAGUAUUUUGCUUCAUGAUCCAAACAACUUGUCAUGGUCUAGAAAUGAUUUUAAAUUCAUACGUUUACUAAUUUACAGUCUGCAGUUCAUGUCUUCUCUGUAAUUUUUACUCUUUGAGGACCUGAUUGGACCCUCUGGAGGACCACUUUUAGCCUGCGGGCCUCAUGUUGGACACCCCGGUUUAAAUGUUCACUGCCUGAAAAUGAAGAUAAUGUCUCAUACAGACGAAAGAUAAAUUAUAUUUUUGUUUUAAUGAUCGGAUUGCUUUAUUUCAUAAGACUCCAGUGUGAUGAAUGAACACUGGUUAUUUCUGUUUUAUUGUUAUUCUCCAGUCUGGGUCACAAACUGAUGGAAGAUUUAUUUAAAAAAAAAAAAUUGUUAAUUGGACUUGGGCUUUUUCUGCUCUGACAACUCAAAAUAUCCCAAUAAAUCAAAAAUAUAUUAAAAUAAGUUAUGGAAAAAAUAAAUAAUGAGGAACCACACAUUAAAAAUAUUGAACAUAACUUUUAGAACAAUUUAAAAACCAGUAGUCUGUUAUAGUCCUGUUUAAUAUAUUUUACUUUAUUAUUAUUAUUAUUAUUAAUAAAUUUAUUUUAUAGUUUUUUGAUGUAUUUAUUUCUUUAUCUAAACAUUUUUUAGUUAUUUAUCUAUUUGACUGCCAAUAAUAAUAAUAAUGAUCCUAAUAAUUGUUGUUAUUAUGAUUGUUGAUUUAUCUAUUUUAUCUAUUUAUUUUUUAUUUUUAAUUAUCAUUAUUAUCGUAUAUUUUUUAUUAUUGCAUUAGAAACAAUGUGAAAUCAGACUCUUGAAAUGUCGAACACAAAUUUUAAAAUAAUUUAAAAAUACAGUUGUGUAUAAUUUGUUUUAUUGUCCAGUGCAAUUUUAAAAGUAUUGCUCUUAUAUGCAUUAAAUUCAUUUACACGUGUAAUGCGGCCAUUCUUUUGUCACUGUAGAUGUCAGUUUUUUUAUUUUAUUGUGUUUUUAUUAGGAUAUGUGUUGUGGUUGUUGCAUUUUAUUGUGUAAUUUUUAACUGUGCAGCACUUUAGAUCAGGUUUUACUGUUUUAAAAUGUGCUUUAUGAAUAAAUCUGACCUGAUGUCUCA